AUGGCAUAUCAUUCACACCCGACUGUUAUUCAGAUGUCGACAAAUGAGCGUGCACAAGCUGACUCGGCGGAAGACCGCUUAUCCUCCAAUAAUAAUGUUUUCAGCGCUCCUGGUGGAUUGCAGUCCAACAACCCGGGGUCGGGCAAUCAAUUUGUUAGCUCUGGAUUCUAUGGACCGGUGAGUUUCGGUGCUGUGGAGUCUCACAUGAGAGAAAGACAAAAUGCUGUCCUGAAAAGUCUAGCCAAAUUGAAGUAUCAAGACCAGAAAAACCGCAACCCUGAUCGAACUCGAGGCACUUGCGAAUGGUUUACUAAACAUGCAACCUUCAAAGCCUGGCAAGAAGCGCGAGUGUCCCAAAUGCUGUGGGUUUCUGCAGGUCCUGGAUGUGGAAAGUCUGUUCUUGCCAAAUAUCUUGCAGAUCAUCCAGGGAAGAAAUCAUCGAACGAAUUUGAGUCGAGCGACAUCAUCACCAGCUCAUUCAGUGAGCUUUGGGGUGUUCUGAUCAGCGUGGCAAAAGAGAACAAGUCUGCACAUAUUAUCUGCAUCUUGGACGGCUUUGAUGAAUGUGAACAACUUGAACAGUCUCAAUUUACAGAGGCAUUGCGCGGGUUCUUUGAAAGUGAAAGUCGAAAACAAUGCAAUCUGAAAUUCUUGGUUACCAGUCGUUUAUAUGGUACUAUUCGACGCGCAUUCCAACCUUUAGAAAUGCCAGGGCAACCUAUGAUUCAUCUUAGUGGCGAGAAUAAUGCCGUGGCCAAUGAGAUUGCUAAAGAAAUUGAUAUCUUUAUCGAGACAAAAGUCGAGGAACUCAGAAAUAUACUGUGGCUAAGUGAAGAUGAGCGCGAUUUCUUGCUGGCAAAACUUACAUCUGUUCCCAACCGAACAUAUAUCUGGGUGUCUCUCACACUCAGUUUAAUUCAGAAUAUGAUUAAAGUUGAUAGGAGAACGCUGCUGAAUGCUACCACGAAUCUUCCUCAGACAGUGAAUGAGGCUUAUGAACGAAUAUUGGCCAGGGCUACCGACCAAGCUGAAGCUAGCAAAUUGCUUCACAUUAUCGUUGGGGCCAUGCGUCCUUUGACAGUUCAGGAAAUGAGCUUUGCUUUGGCUCUUGAAAAGGAGCAUCGGUCAUAUGCUGACCUGAACUUGCCACCAAAUAAUCGAUUCGAGGAAUACUUACGCGAUCUAUGUGGGCUCUUUGUUACUAUUGUGAACAGUGAAGUCUACCUCAUCCAUCAAACUGCGAGAGAAUUCUUGGUAGAUGAGAAUGUUCCUAGAGAAAUCGAUUCCCAGUUACAAGAAGACUCAAGAACACCACAACGAACCGCCGGCAGCCAAAUCAAUAAGUGGGAGCAUUCUUUAAAUGUGGAAUAUUCACAUACCAUUCUUGCGAAUAUUUGUAUCUGGCACCUACUUUUCACAGACUUCAAAAAGCCCGAGAUAAAAAGCCUGGACACUUCAAUGAUGCCGCGUCCAAUUGAGACUCGACUGUCUUUUCAGUCGAGGCGCUCGGUAUCUCCGCGCAAAUAUCCUUCCAAAACUAAUAGUAUCUUCUUCAACUAUUCUGCUUUGUACUGGAGCAACCACCUGUUGGGAUCAAAUAUAGAAAUAUACGCCCGAACAGAAGAGCUGCUUGCUGUCUGUGGUAAUCGCCCAGUUUGGUUCGACGUCUAUUGGGAAAACAUGAUAACCUCCGACGACCCCCCUUCUUUUGACAGUAUAUUCAUUGGAUCCUAUUUUGGAAUCACCCCCGUGGUCGACUAUUGGAUGGAGUUUGAGGAUAUUGAUAUAAACGCGAAGGAUAAUGUACAUGGACGGUCAGCAUUAUCCUGGGCGGCAGGAAAUGGCCAUGAAAAUGUUGUCAAGCUUUUGACACAGACGUCUCGCAAGUCAAUCAAAAAAGGUCAUUAUCCAGUGAUGAGGAUGUUGAUUGAAAAGGAUAUCGAUGUGGAGACAAACGAUAGCCAGUAUGGCCGAACACCACUCUUAUGGGCGACUGUCAACAACCACAUAGCCAUGGUUAGGCUACUGCUCGAAAAAGGUGCCAAUACAGAGGCGAAAGAUAACCAAUAUGGGCGAACCCCACUCCUAUGGGCCGUUCACGAUGGUCAUGAAGCGAUUGUUAAGCUAUUGCUAGAAAAAGGUGCUGACACAGAGGUGAAGGAUAGCCAAUAUAAUCAAACACCGGUCUCUAUGGCGGCUUUGAAUGGCCACGAAGCCAUAGUCGAGAUCCUACUCAAGAAAGGUGCGAAUACGCAUGCAGAGGACAGUAUAUAUGGCCGGACACUGCUCUCAUGGGCAGCUAUGAGUGGUCGCUACGCAGUAGCUAAGCUACUACUUGAGAGAGGCGCAGACAUAGAAGCAAAGGAUAGCCAGGAUAACCGAACACCACUUCUGUGGGCAGUUAUGAAUAACCGGACAGAAUUGGUGGAGCUACUACUUGAGAACGGUGCAGAUAUAGAAGCCAAAGAAGACCCAUAUGAGCGGACAUCACUCAUUUGGGCAGCUGAAAAGUGUCCUGUGCCGAUGAUUAAGCUAUUGCUCGAGAAGGGUGCCGAUGUAGAGGCAAAGGAUAUCAAUGGUGAGAAUCCGCUCACAUUAGCGAUUAGGAGGAGCCGUGGCAAGGAUGUGGAGUUGCUUAUCAAACAUGUUGAUGAAAUAAAGACAAACAAAAGCGAUCGCUAG